AUGACUCCUUUGAUGUACGCAGCCGCCAAGGGUAAUUAUCCCACCAUUCUGUUGGAAAAGGACAAAAGUGGCCUGAAUAUCAUGGAUGAGCGCGGCUCGUCCGCCCUCUCUUACGCGGUUGAAGGACGCUUCGAUGUAGGGGUAUAUCUAUUGCUUGCACAACCUUCAAUUGAUGUCAAUGGCCCAGUUAAUCGAGCUCGGAACGAUAUCCCUCUUUUGUGCGCCAUAGAAAGGGGAUAUCGCGCAAUUGCCAGGGCACUCAUACUCCAUCCCGAGACCAAGAUUAACGGCGUGAGUGAUAGCCUCACACCACCUUUGAUCAAGGCGAUCAGAAAGCACGAUGAAGAGCUCGUGGAAUUCAUGAUUCUGAACCGCCCUGACAUAAGUCUCAGUUCUAUGCAUGAUUCAACCUGCGAGCUUCUGUUGGCUCAGGAUACGGUCCCAGUUAAUUUCACUGGUCAUGUGGAGCAAACACCACUUAUGAGUGCUGUGAUUAACUGGAACCUUCAUGCCAUGAAGCUACCACUAGCGCGAAAUGACGUGGAUAUCGACAGCGUUGAGUUUGAUGGCCGAUCAGCCCUGUCUCAUGCCGUCGAAAGGACAUCACGCUAUGUUCGACUACUUUUGCAACAUGGUGCACGGCCAGACCCGGAGGAGGAAGAUGGCAGAACUCCAAUGUUCCGGGCUAUUGUUGCUCCACUCGACCGAAGUGAGAUACUAGAGGUACUGAAAGCUGCAAUGACCGCCAGGGAUACUCUAAGAGGAGGCCUUUGA